CCGCGCUAUCCGGAGGCAUCGAGCAAAGCACUCCGCCCCCGUCAUCACACGUGACGAAACCAGAGGCACAACCUACGUGACGUCAGUAAGAGUUUUGGCAAAUCAAAUUGCCGUACAGGUAACAAUUACCUGCUCGUACUAUCGAGGGGCAGGUAUGUGCUAGUAGAGUGAAUUCAGUCUUGCUACCUCUAGACACUGUGAAUGUGUACGUCUAUGUUAACAGGUAAGUCGUAGUCGGACAGUGCCAUAGGAAUAUUAUCAGUGACAAGUGUUGUGUUAAUUGUGUGUAUGCUAGACUAUGGAAGAUACAACUCACCUGACACGGAUACGUUAGGUCUACAACGUGGACAUUUUGUUACUAUGGAAGUAUUAGUGAGAGUUUACUUUACGAAAGUGUCUUCUGAGUGUGACUUGGGAUACUUGUGACAUUAUUGGUGAAGUGUGAGUCUCCUUCGACAGCUUGGAUCACCCUUUUUGGGCUGCGGGAGAAGGAAUUAUGCAGGACGAGGUAUACGCCACGUCCAUGGGAGGAUCAAGUUUAACUCUGGUGGACAUAGCCAAUCCUCAUCAAGGUCUUUCUAAUAUGAUAGAGCAAGAACCAAAGAAGAAGCGCCACGGCGGGGUGAAUCAGUUGGGGGGUGUCUUCGUUAACGGAAGGCCCCUUCCGGAUGUAGUAAGGCAAAGAAUAGUAGAGUUGGCCCAUCAGGGUGUCAGGCCCUGCGACAUAAGCCGACAGUUAAGGGUUUCGCAUGGAUGCGUUUCCAAAAUACUCGGCAGGUACUACGAAACAGGCUCUAUAAAGCCAGGAGUUAUUGGUGGAAGCAAACCUAAAGUAGCAACCCCAAAAGUUGUAGACGCGAUAGCGAACUAUAAGAAACAGAACCCCACAAUGUUUGCAUGGGAAAUAAGGGAUAGGUUACUAGCUGAUGGAAUUUGUGACCAAGAUAAUAUUCCAAGUGUUAGUUCUAUCAACAGGAUCGUCAGGAACAAAGCAGCGGAGAAAGCCAAGAGUGCAGUUGUCCAUCAGACAGCACCAAACGGUGGAAGCCCACAGACGCAACCUCCUUCCAACACCACUUCGGUCAUCACCCACGCACCACCAGCUGCACACGAAGCAACGGCGCUACAACGUCCCUCCUAUUCUAUUAACGGUAUACUUGGUAUUCCUAAUGCUGAUCCUAAUGUCAACAAAAGGAAGCGGGAAGAUAGAGCCAAUGACGGUCGAGAUUUGAAUGGUGACCAUUCUAUUCACGACGACGAUAACAAACGACAGAGGACGCAGUACAAUGGAGACCAGCUCUAUACAAAUCAAAUGUGGCCUAAAUGGCCGAAACAGGAGGAACUUAAAACCACAGCAAUGGUUCCAGAUUUGGGUACUGCUACAGCUGCUGUAUCAGCGGGUACACCCUACAGCCUCCAACAGUUUCCCGAACAGGCAUUCACACCGGUGGUGACUACGGCCACAGCAUCCAACGAGCAUGUUAAACAAGAGAUCACACCUUAUGAGGCCACCAUGACAUCUAUGACGUCACAAGUCCAAUCGUCGGCCGUCUAUUCGCCUCCGUUAGGUAGUGGCUCCUUGACACCGCUCACACCUAUCAGUAUGCAGGAGGUUAAAGUUCCCAUGGUGAACACCCUAGGAACCAUUUUAGAUACAGGUUCCGAUGUUCACCAUUAUCAAACAGGAACGGCAGUAGCAGGGCCCACUGUUACAGGAGUUCCUGGUACAGAAUAUACUUACACCACUCCAUACAGCCAAUAUUCAUCAGCAGCUGCAUACGGAGCUUAUGGAUAUGGUUCUGGUGGGAUCAUCAAUCCUUCUUACUACUACGGCACGAGUGGGCGUCCUGCAACUACCAAUCCGGGCCUGACAUCAUCAAGUCUCAGUCCGAACUACAAAUCAUCCGAACGUUGCUAGCUAAUCCGCCAACAACGGGGGAGAGAACCAAAAGUGUCUGGUUGUGACGUCAGUACAAUAUACUAUGAAUCCAGGCGAAACCGAACAACGACUCGCAGGGCUGACUACCUCUAUCUCUUUAUUUUUUAUCAUAAGAAAAAAAAAAACAAACAGACAGACAGACAGACAAACGAGAGGAAAAAACAAAAAAACAAAUCAAGCUUUUUUUUGUGAUUUUUUUUUCUUUUGAGUUCUUCGAGUCAUCAUCACUCAGAAUUUUGAAGAAGUUCUGUAUUCGACAGAUAGACAUUCAGACAGGCAAAUAAUAAUAAUAAUGUCGAACUCUUUAGCAAAAGAAAGAGGACCAACUGGAGUGUUGGUCUCACACUACUAGACUACAUUCGUGUGUGUGUAUAUGUGUUUUUACGUAUAUAUAUGUGUUUACAUGUCCGUGUACAGUAUAAAUUUUUCCAAAAAAAAAAGAAAAAAAAAAGAAACACAAGAAAUUACAGCCCAUACCAAAGAGAAAAAGAAAAACGUUAAAAAAAACAGCUUUUUCGGAGGAUUUCUCCUGAAUUUUCCCCUGUUUUUUUUAGAAUUAUUUUAAUUAUUUUUAGAUAUAUUCUUCUCCUUUAAAAGCCUCCACAAAGGGGGUGGACUUCUAUUACUUUUUACUAUACUUUAAGCGAUACCUAGGGAGGGAGGGGCUCAAAAUUCGUAUAGCUUCGAUCAAAACAAGCUUAUAAUUUAGCUAUCAAAAGCCCCCCCCCUUACCUUCCUCUUUCUUAAAAAAAAAAAAACUAGGGGUCGAGAUCAUUUUGAACCCAAUUCUGGGCGCUAGUCACUGAUCCUGUAGUCAUGAUUAUAGUCACAAUAUUUAUAUUCAUAAAUAAAUAAAAGAAGCGAAAAACCGAUAAGUUAAUGUGGAGAAUUAUGUUUUUAAAACACGUAUAUG